AUGACGCUGAUCUGCGGGCCAUGGGGCUGCGGCGGCGGCGGCGGCGGCAGCUCUGCCCUCGCGGACGCGACGAGCGGCCGGCACGGCGCCACGGCCCGCGCGCUCCUCCCGUCGCUGGGCGCGCGCAGCGGCGGGCGGCGGCCGCGGCUCCGGCGGUUCAUCGUGUCCCCCUACGACCCGCGGUACCGGCUGUGGGAGCACUCCCUCAUCGUGCUGGUGCUCUACUCCGCGUGGGUUGCGCCCUUCGAGUUCGGCUUCGUCCCGGAGCCCGCCGGCGCGCUCGCCGCCGCCGACGACGCCGUGAACGCCGCGUUUGCCGUCGACAUCGUGCUCACCUUCUUCGUCGCGUACACGGACCGCCGCACCUUCCUGCUCCAGGACGACCCCCGCCGGAUCGCCUGGCGGUACGCCACCACCUGGCUCGCCCUCGACGUCGCCUCCACCAUGCCCACCGAGCUCACCCGCCGGAUCCUCCCGCCGCAGGCCAGGUCCUACAACUUCUUCGGCAUGCUCCGACUCUGGCGCCUCCACCGCGUCGGCACGCUCUUCGCCGAGCUGGAGAAGGACAGGAAGUUCAGCUACUUCUGGGUUCGAUGCACGAAGCUCAUCUGCGUGACGCUGUUCGCCGUCCACUGCGCGGGGUGCUUCUACUACCUCUUGGCGGACCGGUACCCGGACCCGUUGCACACGUGGCUGAGCGCCUCCAUCCCGGACUUCCACGGCGCGAGCAUCUGGCGGCUCUACGCGGCGUCCAUGUACUGGUCCAUCACCACGCUCACCACCGUCGGCUACGGCGACAUGCACGCCGUCAACACCGGCGAGAUGGUGUUCACCACCCUCUACAUGCUCUUCAACCUCGGCCUCACCGCCUACCUCAUCGGCAACAUGACCAACCUCGUCGUCCACGGCACCAGCCGCACCAGGACGUACCGGGACACCAUCAAGGCCGCCACCGGCUUCGCCGUGCGCCACCAGCUGCCGGCGAGGCUGCAGCAGCAGAUGGUGUCGCACCUCAGCCUCAAGUUCAGGACCGACUCCGAGGGGCUCCAGCAGCAGGAGACGCUCGACGCGCUGCCCAAGGCCAUCCGCUCCAGCAUCUCGCACCACCUCUUCUUCGCCCUCGUCCAGAGAGUCUACCUCUUCCAGGGCGUCUCCAAUGACCUCAUUUUCCAGCUGGUCUCUGAGAUGAACUCCGAGUACUUCGCGCCGAGGGAGGACUUCAUCCUGCAGAACGAGGCGCCGUCGGAUUUCUACAUUCUAGUCACUGGUAGUGUGGAGCUGAUAGAGCUGCAGAGCGGUGCAGAGCAGCUGGUUGGCACGGCCAGGGCGGGCGAUGUCGUCGGCGAGAUCGGGGUCCUGUGCUACAGGCCCCAGCUGUUCACGGCAAGAACAAGGUCCCUGAGCCAGCUCCUGCGCAUGGAACGGACCGCAUUCCUCAGGAUUGUCCAGGCCAAUGUUGGGGAUGGCGUCAUAAUCAUCAACAACCUGAUCCAGUACCUCAAGGAGAAGAAGGAGAGCGGCGCGGUCGCCGGCGUCGCCGAGGAGAUCGAGUACAUGAUGGCCCGGGGUCAGCUGGAGCUCCCUGUCACGCUCUGCUACGCUGCAACCAAAGGAGAUGACUUCCUGUUGCAUCAGCUCCUCAAGCGUGGCGUUGAUCCGAAUGAGUCAGAUAACUACUGGCAUACAGCACUGCACGUAGCAGCUUCCAGUGGACACGAGCAGUGCGUCAGGCUUCUGCUAGAGCAUGGCGCCGACCCUAACGCAAGGGACGCGCAGGGGAGAGUGCCCCUGUGGGAGGCCCUGUCCCGGAGGCACCACGCCGCCGCGCGGCUGCUGGCGGACGCCGGUGCGGACCUGUCCUCGGGCGACGCGGCGCUCUACGCCCGCGCGGCCGUCGAAGCCGACGACGCCGCGCUGCUCGAGGACGCCGCGCGCCACGGCGUGGACGUGACGGCGGCGUGCUGGGACGACGGCGCCACCGCGCUCCACCGCGCCGUGCUCCAGGGGAACGCCGGGAUGGUCAGGGCCCUGCUCGAGCGCGGCGCCGACCCGGACAGGGAGGACGGCGCCGGCCGGACCCCGAGGGCAAUGGCCGACGAGCUCGGCCACGGCGACGUGCAGGAGCUGCUCAGCGGGUGGCGGCAGGAGGUGGCCGAGGGUCCGGAGCAGCAGGGCCCGGCGACGGAUCACGGCGGAAGGCUUGAGGCUCAGAAGGUCGCGAGGUUCCAGAGCGCGCCCCCGGCGAGGGUCCCGCAGUGCGACAACGCCGGCUCGUCGCCGUCGCCGCUGCUGUCGAGGCAGAGCCCUCCCAGGCGGAUGGUCAGCCUGCGGAACUCCCUCUUCGGCGUCCUCUCAUCGUCGCACGUGAACCGGCACGGCGGCGGCGGCGGCGGCGGCAGUCUCAGCCGCCACGAGAGGCACACGCACAGCAGCUCGCGUGUCAGGGUGACCAUCUACUGCCCCGAGCAGGGUAGCAGCGCAAGGAAGCUGGUGUUCAUGCCGGAGACGGUGACGCAGCUCCUGGAGCAAGGCGGGAGCACGUUCGGGUUCGCUCCGACGAGGGCGGUGACGACUGACGGCGCCGAGGUGGACGACCCGAGGCUCGUCAGGGACGGCGAUUGUCUCCUCCUAGUCACCGACCAAUGGGUGCCUGACAUUGGCAUCAUGGGACAUGGGUAG